CACUCUUUUAUGUUUUCGUCACGAAUCGGCGUCUGUGUUGUGAGGUUAUGUUUAUCGUCGAUCUUUCGUGAACAUUAUAUCCGUAAAAUAGUGUGGUCAAAGUGAAUUAGAUUGAAGAAUUGUCUAAAUAGACUAGAAAUUGACAAGAUGUCGAUGCUUUACGGAGGAGAUGAAAUCGGAGCUCUGGUCUUUGAUUUAGGCCAUCAUUCCUUAAGAGUUGGUUAUGCUCAGGAAGACACCCCGAAGGCUGAAAUCCCAGCAGUAGUUGGCAUCGGAGAAGAUGCCAACGGAACAGUCACUUCUGUUGAACCAAUGGACAUCGAUGACAAAAAACCUGACAAUAAUGUCUGCCAGUCAACUACAAAAUAUUACGUAGACACAACAACACUUCACGUACCUCGGAAAAAUAUGGAAGUUGCCAGUUACAUGAAAGAUGGCAUGAUCGAAGACUGGGAUCAUUUCGAAAAAGUCCUCGACUAUACCUACUCAAAAGUAAUUCAAUCCGAUGCAGAAUUUCAUCCAGUAUUAUUUUCCGAAUCGCCCUGGAACGUUCGCAGCAAACGAGAAAAACUGACGGAAUUGAUGUUCGAAAAGUAUAACGUGCCAGCUUAUUUCCUAGUUAAAAAUGCUGUCUUGGCUGCAUUUGCCAACGGAAGAGCAACAGGAAUUGUCGUCGAUAGUGGAGCGACUCACACAUCAGCAGUUCCAGUUCAGGAUGGAUUUGUUCUGACACAAGCAAUAGUCAAAUCUCCCCUCGGCGGAGAUUAUAUCAGCAUGCAGUGCAGACAACUUUUACAAGACCAGGACAUUGACUUAUCGCCUGCUUACAUGGUCGGUAGUAAAGAAGUGGUGAAAGAUCACGAUAAACCAAGAUGGGUGAAGAAGAAAAACUUGCCUGAGGUGACAAAGUCCUGGCACAACUACAUGGUCAAGAAACUUAUUCAGGAUUUCCAAGCAACUUGCCUUCAAGUUUCUGAAACACCCUAUGACGAAAAAAUUGUCUCUACCGUUCCAGCUGUCCAGUAUGAGUUCCCGACCGGCUAUCGACAGGACUUUGGGAGUGAGAGAUUCCGAAUACCAGAGGCUCUUUUCGACCCGAGCAUGGUGCAAAUGCGAGGAGGAAUGGUGGGAAACACAAUGCUUGGAGUUGGCCAUAUUGUCACGACCAGUGUCGGAAUGUGCGACGUUGAUGUGAGACCGGCUCUCUACGGAAGUGUCGUUGUCACUGGUGGAAAUUCCUUCAUCCAGGGCUUCCCUGAGCGUCUAAAUCGAGACCUUUCGAUGAGGAUACCUUCGAGCAUGCGACUGAAAUUAAUUAGUGCCAACGGCUGCGCCGAGAGGAGAUUCGGUGCCUGGAUCGGUGGAUCGAUUUUGGCAUCUAUUGGCACAUUCCAGCAGAUGUGGCUCUCAAGUCAAGAGUACGAAGAAAGCGGGAAGAGCCAGGUCGAACGAAAGUGCCCCUAAAUGUCAAACACUUUUCCGCAUUUGGAAUUUCUUACUCUGCAAUUUUCAAAUUUUUAUAUUAUGUCCGAUCUUCGAAUUCCUUUUGACGUGGAUCUGUUAAUGGCAGUUGUGAAAAAUUCGUCAAAUACGUUUUUCUCUAACGAAUCGAUGUAAUUUUGCCGUAAUGUACAGACUGAAUUCGGCGUCAGAAUAAUUUUUUAUGUACUUCGACUAGUGACGAUUGACUAAGUAUCUAGUAUUAUUUAUAAAAAGUAUAAAAUGUUUAUUACUACUUAAUUAUAAAUGCAGCAAUUUGCAGUCGAUUAA